UCGUGCGCGGUGGCGAACAGAACAGUGUUUCACGAUUUGUGUUAAUUUUUCUUCUUUAAAUUAAUAUCUUGUUCACAAUUUACCUAUUCAAAGCUUAUUGUUUUUUCAUCUCUUAAAUACAAAAUGAUUCUCAAUGAUAUAUCUAACAUGGCCGGCUGGUGGACGGUCCUGAUCGCGCUCAAAAUACUCCUAGCAUCCACAUACUUCUUCUUUGCUAAAAAACCAAAAAAGUACUCUCCACACACUGAUGCUCUAGCAACCGGCAACUACACACCAUGGAAGACUGUACCAUUGGUGGAACAUGACGUGACAGUCGAAGAGUCCCCAAUCAUGGGCAAAAUCGAUGAUAACUGUUUAAACGUUGGUGCUACAAGCUUCCUAUGCUUUGAUAAGGAGGAAUCAAUAAUGGAAAGCGCAAUAAAAUGUUUGCACAAGUAUGGAGUGGGAUCUUGUGGUCCGAGAGGCUUCUACGGUACAAUUGACGUGCAUUUAGAGCUGGAAGAGAGACUAGCCAAGUUCCUGGAAGUGGAAGAGACAUGUGUGUAUUCAUAUGGAUUCUCUACAAUAGCUAGUGCUAUACCUGCUUAUGCUAAAAAACAGGAUAUUAUUUUUGCUGAUGAAAAAGUCUGGUUUGCAAUACAGAAAGGUUUUGAUGCAGCCCGUAGCACCAUUCGCUACUACAAACACAACGACAUGCAAGAUUUAAAAGCGCUGCUAACGGAUGCUAAAGAGAAGAAGCAGCUGAGUGCUCGGAGACGAGCGUUCCUAGUGACGGAGGCUGUGUUCUUUAAUACCGGAGAAAUGUGCCCUCUUCGGGAAGUUGUUGCUCUCGCCCGGAAGUUCAAAUUGAGGAUUAUUUUGGAUGAGAGUUUGAGUAUUGGGGUACUAGGCAAAAACGGCCGCGGUCUGACCGAGCACCUCAACGUGCCUCGUGAUGAGGUGGACCUCAUUGUCGGGUCUCUAGAGCACUCGUUCGCCAGCGUUGGAGGCUUUUGUGCCGGCUCUCAUUUUAUUGUGGAGCAUCAGCGACUCUCCGGGCUUGGUUACUGCUUUAGUGCCUCCCUGCCGCCGAUGUUGACGCAGGCCGCCAUCUCCGGACUCGACAUUUUGGAAGCCAGGCCCGAGAUCCUCGCGGAACUUGAGGAGAGCUCCAAGAAAGUUGACAAGGCGCUCUCAAACCUCAAACACUAUACAUUCCGCGGCCACGUCCUCUCUCCCAUCAAGCACAUCUACCUCAAAAAGGACCUCACGGACCGCCUCAAACACAGCUACCUCAAAAACAUCGCUAACUACUGCCUCGGAAAAGGCGUGGCGCUGUCAGUAGCGGCGUACCUCAGGGAUGUUGAGCACAGUUGUCCGGAGCCCUCAAUAAGAUUGGCGACGAGUAGAAAGCUGAACGAUGAGAAUAUAAGUAUGGUCUGCGAGUUGUUGGAUGAAGCGUAUGAGAAGGUUGGGCCACAGCCGGAGUUGUUGGCGUUGUAGUUUAUUUGAUGGGAAAAAUCAGUCCGUUAUACUUUGCUAAAAAUAAUUUUCUGGUAUUUUAUGACAGUUUAAAAACGAUCUUGUAAACAAAUUUGGAAUAACCUUUGAGAAAAAUAUCGCUAACUACUGCCUGUGGAUUUGAUGGCAUUGUAAGGUAAGUUUACUCAAA